AGCGGCUGGCCACAACAGUUGGCCAAAUGACUUCCGGAUCCAGCUUCUCUGUCCCACUAAUUGUGGCCCUGACCCUUGCCCUGGUGAGCCUCGCGUGGUCGGACGAGCUCUACGUGGACUAUUCCAACGAGUACGACGAUGUGCGACCCCACUUGGUUUACCCGGACGAUCCGAGGCUGGACAAGCGGAUCGGCGAGGCGGCCCGGGAGUUUGGCCAGAACAUAACCCAGGCCUGGCACUCGAUGGUGGACUCCUUCAAGAACUACUUCGAGGAGCUGAAGAAUCUGUUUACCACCGAUCCCGACGCAGCCAACGAGGUCUUCUCUGACAACUAGAAACUGCGGUAACCAAAUUGCAAAAAAAGCCUUGCGAACUGAUAUAAAGACCUCCGAUGGUUUUUAAAACGGUUGGUUUUAAAACCAAACCAUAAGCAGUUUACAAGGACAAAAAUCGUUUGGAUUUGAAUAUAUUAUACUGAAUGUCCAUACUUAGUUUUCGUUCCUAAUUUGUGGUAUUUUUGAAAAAUGUUUUUUAUUAAUAUUAAUAUUAAUAGCGAUUCUAAAGAAUUACAUUAUUUUCGAUACAA